AUGCCCGACGCCAAAGGCCGCCGCAUCGCCCUCGGCUGCGAAGGUUCCGCCAACAAGCUCGGCAUUGGCAUCAUCGCGCACGACCCCGUAACCGGCGAACCGACCGUCCUCUCUAACGUGCGCGACACCUUCGUCUCUCCUCCGGGGACCGGUUUCCUACCCAAGGACACAGCCCGACAUCACCGGGCUUACUUUGUGCGCGUAGCCAAGAAGGCGCUCUCGGCCUCUGGAGCUGGUGGGCGUAAACCACUGCGUGGGUCACAUCGAGAUGGGGCGGGCGAUAACGGGGGCGUCGAACCCGUGGUGCUGUACGUGAGUGGCGGCAACACGCAGGUGAUUGCGUACGCGGAGCAGCGGUACCGCAUCUUUGGCGAGACGCUGGAUAUUGCCGUCGGUAACUGCCUGGACCGGUUCGCGCGCACGCUAGAGAUCAGCAACGACCCGGCGCCUGGGUACAACAUUGAGCAGCUGGCGAAGCAGGGCGGGCGGGUGCUGUUGGAUUUGCCGUACGCGGUCAAGGGGAUGGAUUGUUCGUUUAGUGGAAUCCUCGGCAGGGCCGAUGACUUGGCGGCGCAGAUGAAGGCUGGCGAGCCGGGUCCUGACGGCGAACCGUUUACGCCGGCGGAUCUGUGCUUCAGCUUGCAGGAGACGGUGUUUGCGAUGCUUGUCGAGAUCACGGAGCGGGCUAUGGCGCACGUCGGCAGCAACCAGGUCCUCAUUGUUGGCGGUGUCGGUUGUAACGAGCGACUACAGGAGAUGAUGGGCGCAAUGGCGGCGGAGCGAGGCGGAAGUGUUUACGCGACGGACGAACGGUUCUGCAUCGAUAAUGGCAUCAUGAUUGCCCAUGCUGGUUUGUUGGCCUACGAGACGGGCUUCCGGACGCCGCUUGAGGAAAGCACAUGUACACAACGCUUCAGAACCGACGAAGUCUUCGUCAAGUGGAGGGACUAA